AUGUCCCGUCGUGCUGCCCAAAAGGCGUUCUUCACCCCCCUCCCCUCCCUCUGGCCGAAAGAUAUCCUCCGUCCCGACGUCAACUUCCCAUCCUUCCUCUCCUCCCGUCUCGAAUCCGACUUUCACCCUUCUUCCACCGGUCCCGAACCAUUCCGUCCUAAAAUCGAGGAUGGUUUACCUCCUGCCAUAAUGGUCUACAAGGACCAUCCACCUUCCGAUCCAGAGAAACAGUGGGGGGUUUUGAGAGGUCUCGUAAACAAUCGCUAUCAGAAGAAGUAUCCCGUCAAAUCCCUCGCAGAACCCGGCUUCGACCCGGAAUACUACAACCGUCUGAUCGCUGAACUCGACCAAGCUCCCAAACGAAACUGGUUGACCGCAUACCUCAACAGUUGGAAAGGCUUCAUCCGCUGGGAACACUAA